AUGGAUCCACCUGACCGGAAAGAAAAAUCCAAAGUUAAAGAACCUGUCUUCAGAGUGGAGAAGGCUAAGCAGAAAUCUGCCCAGCAGGAGCUGAAGCAAAGACGAAGAGCAGAGAUCUAUGCUCUCAGCAGAGUCCUGCUGGAGCUGGAGCAGCCGCAGUUUGAUGAGUUCUGUAAGCAAAUGCAGCCACCUGGGGAGUGA